AUGCCUGGGAGAUUGGACCAAAGAAAUUCGCCAACCCAAGACAGCAUGAUGGGGAAAAAUUCCACCAUCGCGCCGACCAGGCCAAAGGUCGUCGAGCUUGGUGAGAUGGAGGCCUGCGACUUUUGGACGCCAGUCCAGUGGGCCGUCCUCGUAUCCCUGGUUGACGCCAUCCUGGCUCCCGUGGCUCCCGAGUCCGAAGUCACGGACAAGAAGGCGCAGAUCAAAAUGCCAGACCACAAAUACAACACCCUCCUGGAAGAGGUGCACCGCACUGUCGCCGGUAACCCGGACAAGGAGCUGCUCAAGGCCGUCUUCCUCGAGAGCUUCUCCACCAACCCGGCCCUGGUCGGCCACAUGAAGCGGACCGUCUGCACAUCGGUCCACCCCAAGCUCCGCGCCCGGCUCGGCGGCGUCCUGGCUGCUGUGUCGACCAGGAUGGGUGCCUUCUUCUUGACGGGGUAUUGCACCCCGGUACACGAGCAGCCGCUGCACAUCCGCGAGGCCAUCGUUAGGGGCUGGUCGGCGUCUCGUCUCACCGACAUCAGGCUGCUGGUCAAGUCGCUGUCCAUGUUUGCUCAGAACGCGUGGCUGCAGGCCAGCCCGCUGUUCAAGCAGGCGAGCGGCUAUCUCGACGUCCCCCACGACUGGAAGCCGGGUGCGAGCUUCGACUUUGAAUUCCUCCAAUUUGGUCGUCCGCCAAAUGCAGAGGACGACAAGGCACCCGUCAGCCCUGCCGUCAUUGACACGGACGUCGUGAUCGUCGGCUCGGGUUGUGGUGGCGGAGUAUGUGCCAAAAUCCUAGCAGAGGCUGGUCGCAAGGUGGUCGUGGUUGACAAAGGCUACUAUUUCACACCCGACCAAUUCCCAAUGCCACAGGAGCAAGGCAGCCGUCUCCUCUGCGAGAAUGGCGGUGUCGUAGUGAGUGCUGACGGAUCGACCAACAUCGCCGCGGGCUCAACUUGGGGUGGCGGCGGCACCGUCAACUGGAGCGUGUGUCUGCAGACGCAGGGGUUCGUCCGACGUGAGUGGAGCCAAGAUCGUGGUCUGGUCUUCUUCGAGACCGAAGAGUUCCAGGACUGUCUGGAUCGCGUGUGCGACUACAUGGGAGCCGGCCGGGGAAGCGAACACGCCGUCAAGCAAACCCACAGAGGACAGGUCUUGCUGGACGGAUGCCGUAAGCUCGGGUGGCACGCCGCAGCGCUGCCGCAAAACUCGGGAGGAGCCGAGCAUUGGUGCGGCCGGUGCAUGAUGGGCUGCGGCAGUGCCGAGAAGCAAGGCCCCGCAGUGAGCUGGCUUCCGGCUGCGAAGAAGGCGGGAGCCACCUUUAUCGAGGGUUUCCAGGUUGAUAAGGUCACGUUCGACGAGGCCUCCGGUGGCAAGGUCGCCACAGGCGUUGUUGGUACUUGGACAUCUCGUGAUAGCUCUGGUGGGGUUACCGGGCCCAAGGAACAACGUGCCAUCAGAAAGGUUGCCAUCAAGGCCAAGAAGGUCAUUGUCUCGGCAGGGUCUCUGUGGAGUCCUGUUGUUCUAACAAAGAGCGGCGUCAAGAAUCGACACCUGGGACACAACUUGUAUCUGCACCCCUGUAAUUUUGUUGGGGCUUACUACAAGGAGGACAUACAGCCAUGGGAGGGAGGUAUUAUCACCAGUUUCUGUACGUCUUUCGAGGACCUUGACGGCCACGGACACGGCGUCAAGCUCGAACCUACAUGCCAGAUACCAUACACCAACAUGUCGAUGCUGCCCUGGAAGAGCAGCAUCGACUUCAAGGUCGCCGCCAUCAAGUACCGCCACAUGGAUGUCUACAUCGCCUUGACCCGAGACCGCGACGCAGGCAGGAUCCAGGUGGACCCCACGACGGGCACGCCGGUCGUGCACUACACGCCAUCGGACUUUGACCGCGCGCACACCCUCGAGGGCGUCAUCGCCACCGCCAAGUGCUGCUACCUGAUGGGGGCCACGGAGAUCCGGGCCUUCCUGCCGGGCGUCGAGCCGUUCGUCAGGAGACCCGCGAGCGCGGCCUCGACCGACUCGGACGACGGUGGCGGUCAUGUGAAAAAGUCAAACCUCGGCAUCAACGACCCGGACUUUGCGGCCUGGAUCAAGGAGCUCCGGCGGGUCGGCAACAAACCGCCCGUGGCGCCCUUCUCGUCGGCUCACCAGAUGGGCACGUGCAGGAUGGGCAUCAACGAGGGCGAGGGUGUCGUGAACCCCAAAGGCCGCGUCUGGGGCUACGAGAACCUUUUUGUCGCGGACGCGAGCGUGUUCCCGUCGGCGUCGGGCGUGAACCCCAUGAUUACGAACAUGGCGAUUUCGGACUAUAUCGCUAGGGGUGUGGAUCGCGAGCUGGCUGCCAAGUCGGCGUGA